CGAUCAGAAUCAUGUGGUUGAUUUCCAUUUUUAAAAUCAGAGUUCCAUUGUGAACGCAAUACUGGGAUACAAGGAUAACGAACCAAGAUCAGCCAAAGUGGGUGAGAUAGAGACAACAGCUAGACCCUCAUCAUAUCAACAUCCCGAUUUAGCCACCAUGGUUAUUUGGGAUAUGCCAGGCGUCGGUACACAAAGGCAUCCCAUGGAUACGUAUUUCGAUAAGCACUACUUGUAUGCCUUUGAUUUACUUGUUAUUGUGCUGGGAAACAGACUGAUGCAGUAUGAUAUUGAUAUCGCAUUAAAGGCAAAAGAGCACAAGAUUCCAGUUUUGUAUGUUCGCAGUAAAUCUGAUCAGGGUAUCAAAAGCAAGAUGAAGAGAAACGAAGGAAAUGAAAACUAUACUGAAAUGAUGGCUGCUGGAGAACUGGUGAAUGAAGUAAAAAAAAAAAAAAAAUUGUAUUGAUACUUGAACUGGAUGGUUUUCAUUAAAAUAGCUAAUU